UUCGGCACGAAGACACUUCACUCUCGGGCGCAAGUUCCGUAGCAGUUCUGGCUCAAACACGGCUUGCUCAAAGCCCGACCUUCUCGCAGCAAUCUUGUCCAUCCCCCCCACUACUCAGUAGAUAGCUUGCUUGUUUUGCAUGGAGCAUGCUAAGCGCAGCUUGACAGGGCAUACGACGGUUGCUGAACUUGGCAGGGCCUACGACGCGAGCUAUUUGCUCACCCUCCUCACUACCAGUAGAACUUCAAGAAUGGCGUUGGCAAUGGCUUCGGGUGACGUGCGCAAGGCGCUCAUUACCGAAUUAUCAGCUUCGGCCCGAGGUUCGCUCUCAAACACGUCACGAGCGUUCUGCCACAUUGUGUCUAUCGAGUAUAGCUGCGCUCCUGCCAUCGACCUCGCACGCACAACGGUGAGCGAUGCAUGGGUGCGCCGCGUGUUCACACAGCGCACCUGCGUACAAUCGCUGGAUAUUUCUUGUUGCCCCCUGCUGACACAUGCAGGUUUCCUCAAGAUUGCCGCGUUCUGCCCGCACCUCCAGUGUCUUCGUGUCGCCACUUCGUCCUGGCUCACAGAUCAGAGUCUCAAGCUGGUUGCACGUCGCUGCACCGGCUUGCACGAGCUCGACAUUUCGGAGUGCCCGCGAUUGACUCAUGUGGCGCUUCAAGACAUUGCACAGCAUUGCAGUAACUUGACGACGUUGACAGCAUCAUGCAGCGUGAUUGUUACCCGUUGCUUUCUUGACCUGCUGGAAAAUUGCAAAAGUCUCCGCAAAUUUAUCGUCAUUGACAAAGACCGCACGCUGUCCGUCAAGUCUCGAACCAAGAUGUUCCAGCAUAUGGCCUUGUAUGGCCACUGCCUGCGUGAGCUGUCGCUUGUCAACUUCGGUACUGUAUCGCACACCAGUGAUGCAGAGGCACUCAAGCAGCUUGCGACGAGCAAUGAUUCCCUGAACGAGCUUAGCCUAGACUGCGAAAACUACGCGCAUUCGGACGCUGUCCUCAGAAGCCUGGCACAGGUGAUCCAAAUCAGCCGCAAUAUACGGUUGCUGGACCUCCAGGAUUGCAUGUCUGAAGCCGCCCUCAGUACCCUCUUGCGGCAUUGCCCUACGCUUCGUCAACUACGCCUCCGCCAUACCGCUGUAACGGACCCCGGGAUGAAGUCCGUUGCGGAGUAUUGUCCUGAACUUUCCGAGCUUGAGCUUCGCCAUGGCACUGUGACCGAUGUCGGCAUCGAGGGGGUCGCCCAAGGGUGUUGGAAACUCAACGUGUUUUCCCUGAAUUGCCAAUGUGUGACUGAGUAUGGCAUCAAGGCCUUAGGGCACCACUGCAGGGACCUGACAGACAUUUGCAUAUUUAGCGACAAUCAAUACAGCGACGCUUCUGUCGAGUGCGUCGCUCGGCAUUGUCCGAGUCUCCGCUCCGUUAUGCUCAAAGGCAGCUCUUUCUUAUUUGGAGACACCGGGCUGAAAGGUGUUGCUCAACAUUGCAGGUACCUGCAGAAAUUGGGAUUAAGAAGUCAGCACGUGACAGAUCACGGAUUGCAGGCGAUUGCAGAGGCUUGUUCUGCUCUCAGGGAGCUUGACGUGGACCAGUGUGGUGCGCUCACAGAUAUUGGUUUCAAAGCAGUAGCAAAGUGCUGUCCUGCUCUUCGUGUGCUGAAGUGUGGACAAGGCCACCAGGAAGACGAGGAUUGCCCAAGGCUUUCCAAUGUUGGAUUGCAGUGCCUUGCACGAGGGUGCCCUCAUCUGGAAACGAUCGACAUGGACCGAAGGAGUCCACACACCAAAGAGCUGGCGCUUGAAUUUCAAGCAGGUGUGACUGAUGAAGCAUUGCGCUCGCUUGCAUUUUUUUGUCCAGCACUGAAGCAGUUGGAUUUCGCAGGGUCGACUGGUCUCACAGAUGCGGGAUGGAAAGAGAUAGCCCAACAUUGCAGACGUUUACAAACAAUACUGCUCACUGGCCCCGCGUGGGUCUCAGCGGAAUCUCUAUUUGUUUACGCAGACCAUUGCCAUUUUUUGCAAAAGUUAGACAUCAGUGAAUGCGGUGCAGACUUGGAUGCUGGUUUACAAGCCAUCGGUGUGAAAUGUUUCUGUCUCAAGUGGUUGCGAGUCUAUUUUUGUGACUUCGUCACAGAUGCUGGAAUUUCUUGGGUGAUGGAGCGGCCGCCGGGCUUGCCCUGCUGUUACGCAUGGGGGUGCCAAGGCAUCUCAGUAGAGCUGAAGGAGCGGCUGACCGCCACCACGCUGAGGCUACAGGGAUGUAUCUCCGAUGAGCUGUCGAGCGAAGGUGGUAUGUAUAGCAUUGGUGAAGACAAGCUGGCGUGGCGGUCCGUUUAGCCAGGCUGGCGUGGCGGUCUGCUUACCUAGGUCCAUACAGCAAGUUCACAGGAUGGCUUGAGCGAUUGGGUCCUGCGGGAA